AUGGAAGUUGCCCGCGACAUCGCCCAGCGACUCUCAGCCCUGCGGCCGGUGAUCCGCGAGAUCUGUAAUGUGGCUGGCGUCCCUGGUGUCUCCUUUGGCGUUGCCCACCAGGGCCAGGUCGUGUUCCGGGACAAUAUAGGGUUUCGCGACAUGGAACAAUCCAUUGAACCAGACUCAGACACCCUGUAUGGCAUCGGAUCAGUCAGCAAGAUCUUCACCGCGAGCGCGAUCGGGGUGCUUGUCGACGAGGGGAAGCUGAACUGGACGACCACCAUUGUCAGCAUCAUUCCAGAGCUCAACAGCGUUGACAAAUCCAUCACCGAGCAGCUGACCAUCAUAGACCUCCUUCUUCACCGGACCGGACUGGAGAAAUCAAAUAACUGGUGGUUCGGCUCCGACGGCGUGUUGAUGUUGAAGAAAAGCCAGACCGUGUCCUCGUUCAAUGCGUUAAAGCAAACAAGCCCAUUCCGAAACGCUUUCGGAUAUAGCAACUGGAGCUACACCCUGAUCGGCGAAGUCAUCGAGCGCCUCACUGGCAUGACAUAUGGGGAUUUCCUUCAAAGUCGCAUUUUUGGCCCACUGCAAAUGGAGCGCACCACGACUAAGCAUACUUCUCAAGAUUCAGACAAUUUCGCGAAGCCCUACGCUGCGCUAGAUGACAAGUCGUUGUAUCUUCUCCCGCCACCCCCAAUCCAGGAUGACACGAUCAUGACCCCCGCACAAGGGAUUCAGAGUUCCGUGAACGAUCUACUCAAGUUCUCUAGCGCGCUUCUGGCUGCUCGGAAAGGAGAUCAAGAAUCACCCUUGAAGAACGUCCCCAAGCAAUUCUCUGGCCACAUAUUUCGGGGCAAUCCGUUUCUCGAUAAAUCCUACGGUCUCGGACUGAUGCGGACAAUGCUCCCAGGUACCAUUGGAGGUGGCAGUAACUCCAUUUAUACCAAGCUACCGGUGAUCACGCCCGGACCGGACUGCAAUGCCCGGCUGAUCACUUUUCACGGAGGCAGUCAAGCAGGAUACACGUCCUUCUUCACCAUGGUUCCUGAAGCGGACAUCAGCAUUGUUGUUCUGACAAACUCGAUCGGACUCGCGGAUCCAGCUGGCUGGAUCAACGAGCUCCUGGUGGAGACCAUGCUAGAAAGUGCACAUCAAACUAAUUUUGUUCAUCUUGCUACUGAGGCGGCCAACAAUGCCAUUGCCAGCAUCCCGAAUAUGGAGAAUAGCCUCGAGCAGGCUCGAGAGCCCAACGCCCCUCCCACGCAUUCGCUUGACGAAUUUGUUGGGCGGUACAUCAACAUCGGGCACGAAUUCAUCGUUGAAAUCAGAAAGAAGGACGAAUCAACGCUUCAAGUCGCGUUCCAGGGUCUGGAUUCUCAAGUGUGGGAUCUGCGUCAUUAUCAGCAUGACACCUUCAUAUGGCUCUCCUCCCGAGACCAUAUCGUCAAACGGGCUCGGUUCCCGUUUGCCGGCAAGGACGUAUAUACUCUCAUCUUCCAAAGUAGUGCAGACGGAGCCGUGAAAGGACUAUUGUGGCCCCAUGAGCCGGGCCUGCCAGUCAAAGAACAAUUCUUUCACAAGCUUGGCGGUGCCAGAGUGCCCGAGAACGAGGCGCAGCAACCUUUAAAGGCAGUGUAA